AUGUCAAGCACUGAAAUGGAAGACUCCGUGUAUGUAACUAAACUCCCCGCUCCACGUGAAGUAUCACCACUCAUACGAACAGCGCGUUGGGGAUUGUUAGCUGCUGGGAUUGUUUAUGGAGCUCUACGCCUAAAAUAUCUUACUAGAAGGGAAAAGAAGAUAUCCGAACGUGACCGUGCAAUUAUAGAAAAAAGAUUGGAAGAGUACAAUGAAUUGUGUGCUCUACAGGCACAAAAAUCUCUGGAGGAGUUAUCUAAAGCAACUGGUGUACCGUUGGAUUAUUAG